AUGGUGAAGAUAGCUGUUAUGAGCGGUAAGGGCGGCGUGGGAAAGAGCUCGGUGUCCAUAAUGCUGAGUGUUGCGCUUUCUGAGGUAGGGAAGACUCUGUUGCUGGACUUUGAUCUGUGCGGGCCUAGUGCUGUGUGUGGGCUAGGUGCUCGAGGGAGUGUUCGUAAAGCAAGUAAGGGAUUUGUCCCAGUGCAGGUUACAGAUAGCCUGUAUGUUCUGUCCAUGGGAUUGAUGAUGAACGAUACAGACACUGUUAUAUGGCGAGGGCCCAAGAAGAUGCACAUGCUGUCGAUGCUGUAUGACUCUACGGAUGGAUUUGAUUAUGUUGUGCUUGACAUGCCUCCGGGACUGUCUGAAGAGCAUGGAUUUUUGUGCUCCAGAGACAUUUGGGCAUUGAUUGUUACAACUCCACAAGAAGUAUCGCUGCACGAUUGCUCACGUGCGAUUGACUUCUGCAUGCAGAACAAUGUCUGUAUUCUUGGCUUGGUUGAGAACAUGAGCGGAUACCGUUGUGAAUGCUGUGGCGCAAUCACAAAUAUUUUUGGAUCAAAAGGUGGAGAAAGGCUAGCCGAAAGCAUGGGGAUUCCGUUUGUAUGCACGCUGGAAAUAGAUCCUGUAAUGUGCAAGGCAUUGGAUGAUGGAGUGUUUGUUAGCACAAGCAUAUCAGUGGCAUCAUACACGAAGUUUAGAAACGCAAUUGCAAAAGUGAUGGGCCAUAUGGUUGAUACGACGAUUUAA